AUGGGGAGGAAAUCCAACGUAAAUUUCAAAUCAGUUCCCUAUGAGGAGGGGUUCCCCCAAGAGAAGUUGCCCCAAGAGAGGUUGCACUGUAGUGUAUCAAAGUGGUACCCGACAUACAUGAGCCCAUUGGGAACGAUACUUGACAUUCUUGGUGCACGGAUGUGGACACAUACAAUGAAAGCACUGUUGCUAUUACUGCUGGCCUGUGCCGGCUGUUUGGCCGACAAUAUCAACAGCCGUUUGGAUUGUUAUCUAGAGCUUGACAUGCAAGUGAAUGAACAGCAAUGUAUGGACAGGGGCUGUAUAUGGGACUCGACGGGACGGCCCCCGGGAGUGCCCAUAUGUUAUUUGGACCCAAAACAAGUCGGCUAUAAAGUGGCCGCAGGUGUCAAGAAGACCGACACCGGACUGGAGGCCGAACUUAAACUGAAAGAUACGGCCAAACGUACCCUCAAAUCCAUGCCAUCGAUAGAGAGCCUCAAGUUUUCGGUUAAAUACAUGACAGAAAACAUACUUCGGUUCACAAUUAGAGAUCCGUCGGUCAAGCGAUACGAAGUUCCCGUUCAACACGUGUUUAAUCUGAUGAACAGCACUGAGAGAGACGAGCAAAAGCGCGGGUAUGCCGUAAACGUCGGCACAGAUCUCAACGAUUUUCAGUUUACAAUCAGUCGGAAAGACACCAAAACUAAAAUAUUUGACACAUCGAUCGGAGGUCUAGUAUUCGCCGAUCAAUUUCUACAAUUGGCCACUAAUUUGGCCACAAAUGCUGUGUAUGGCUUCGGCGAGAAUGUGCACCAAACCCUCCGACACGAUCUCAAUUACAGAACGUGGCCGCUGUUCGCUAGGGAUCAAAGCCUCGACGAGGAUAUGCGUAAUCUAUACGGCGUUCACCCAUUCUAUACAGUACUGGAAUCGGAUGGUAGAGCGCACGGAAUACUAUUCUUAAAUAGUAACGCUAUGGAAUGUUUUGUUUUUCUCAUAUGGGAUAAUGGUGUUGGCCGGAACAGCAACUUUUCGUGGCCCCCACAAAACCUGAAAAAACAUAAUGUGGGCAAUACCCCGGAACACGUGAUACAGUUGUACACAUCGGUGAUCGGUAGGUCAACAAUGCCUCCCUUUUGGGGUCUGGGAUAUCAAUUGUGCCGAUUCGGGUUCAAUGGCACACAGAAUGUGCGCGAUAUGAUUGACCGUAAUCUUAAGGAACAGAUACCUUUGGAUGUAAUGUAUAUCGACAUCGAUUAUAUGGAUAACUUCAAGGAUUUCACAUUUGAUAAGCGCGCAUUCUCUGGCCUCCCGGAGCUGUUCAACGACACUAUUACCAACAACAACCUGCACUGGACACUGAUCCUGGACCCGGCCAUCGAGGCCAACAACACCGCCUACGAGUCUUUCAACGAGGGCUACAAACAGGACGUGUUUAUCAAAUGGGCCAAAGAUGUGCCGCUGAAAGACAGGUUCAACCCUCCCAAUGUGCCCACCGAUAAGGACACCUUUUACGGCAAAGUGUGGCCCUCAGGACCCGCGGCCUAUCCGGACUAUUUUAAGUUCAAGACCGACCCGUGGUGGCGCAAUCAAGUGAAAAUUUUGCAUGAUGUUUUGCCCUUUGACGCACUGUGGGUUGAUAUGAACGAGCCCUCAAACUUUAUCUCCAACUGUACCAAUAAUAAAUACGAUUUCCCGCCGAUUAGAUCAUCGACCCUAUGGGGCGGACAGACAGGCAAACAACUUUCCCAACAAACUAUAUGCAUGACAACUACUCAGGGAGAUAACGAAGAGUACCGUCAUUAUGACGUGCACUCACUCUAUGGUUUAGGUCAAACUAUUGCCACACAAAAGUACGUACAUCCUUAUAUGUUGACCCUCAACAGGGCUUUACACGCGACUACCGGUAAACGUGGUUUUGUAGUGUCGCGGAGCACAUACCCCACAUCGGGCCGAUACGGCGCCCACUGGUCGGGAGAUAAUAGCAACGAUUGGAAAAUGUUGCGCCACUCGGUGGUCGAGUAUACCCUAUUACCACAACCGGCCUUGUCGUUGAAAAGCACCGGGGGUGUUUUGGACUUUUUUGUAUUCGUGGGCAAUACCCCGGAACACGCGAUACAGUUGUACACAUCGGUGAUCGGUAGGUCAACAAUGCCUCCCUUUUGGGGUCUGGGGUAUCAACUGUGCCGAUACGGGUUCAAUGGCACACAGAAUGUGCGCGAUAUGAUUGACCGUAAUCUUAGGGAACAGAUACCGUUGGAUGUAAUGUAUAUCGACAUCGAUUAUAUGGAUAACUUCAAGGAUUUCACAUAUGAUAAGCGCGCAUUCUCUGGCCUCCCGGAGCUUUUCAACGACACCAUUACCAAAAACAACCUGCACUGGACACUGAUCCUGGACCCGGGCAUCGAGGCCAACAACACCGCCUACGAGUCUUUCAACGAGGGCUACAAACAGGACGUGUUUAUCAAAUGGGCCAAAGAUGUGCCGCUGAACGACCGGUUCAACCCUCCCAAUGUGCCCACCGAUACGGACACCUUUUACGGCAAAGUGUGGCCCUCAGGACCCGCGGCCUAUCCGGACUUUUUUAAGUCCAAGACCGACCUGUGGUGGCGCAAUCAAGUGAAAAAUGUGCAUGAUGUUUUGCCCUUUGACGCGCUUUGGGUUGAUAUGAACGAGCCCUCAAACUUUAUCUCCAACUGUACCAAUAAUAAAUACGAUUUCCCGCCGAUUAGAUCAUGUAUGUACUUAUCAGUGACAACAACCCUAUGGGGCGGACAGACCGGCAAACAACUUUCCCAACAGACUAUAUGCAUGACAACUACUCAGGGAGAUAACGAAGAGUACCGUCAUUAUGACGUGCACUCACUUUAUGGUUUAGGUCAAACUAUUGCCACACAAAAGUACGUACAUCCUUAUAUGUUGACCCUCAACAGGGCUUUACACGCGACUACCGGUAAACGUGGUUUUGUAGUGUCGCGGAGCACAUACCCCACAUCGGGCCGAUACGGCGCCCACUGGUCGGGAGAUAAUAGCAACGAUUGGAAAAUGUUGCGCCACUCGGUGGUCGGUAUGCUUGAGUUCAACAUGUUUGGCAUUAGUUUCGUAAGCGCAAACAGCCCAGUGCUAAGAGAUAGCACACGCGUUAGUAUUCUGGUAGUCGGAGCCGACAUCUGUGGCUUUAAAGGCGAGACUAACGCCCAACUAUGUCAACGGUGGUCACAAUUGGGCGCGUUUUAUCCGUUUUCACGCAACCACAACGAGAAGGGCCGCUCAGAUCAGGACCCGGCCGUAUGGGUGAGCAAAGGGCACCCGGAGGUGACCGAAACGGCCCGCACUUCGCUGCGGCUCCGCUACAAAUUGUUGCACUACUUGUAUACCUUAUUUUACCGGAGCUAUGCUUAUGGCGAUACUGUUGUCCGACCCAUGUUUCACGAAUGGCCACACGAUGUGAACACACAUAGCAUUGACACUCAGUUUAUGUGGGGCAGGCAUAUACUCAUAUCACCCUUUCUGUUUGAGAACCAGCAACACGUGGACGCAUACCUACCCCCUGGCGAGCGUUGGCACGAGGUUUGGCCGCAAUUAAGACUCGCGCCACAAGUUGGACACAUUACUAUUAAUGACACGCAACCGACUGGUCCGCCACCCGUCCACUUUCGGGGCGGCGCUAUCAUACCGAUGGUGACCGACACUAAACUGACGAACACCGCCAGUCCGGCUAUGAAUCUAAUAGACCUCGUUGUAGUGCCAAAUGCCAAAUGGGAGGCCAGCGGUGAACUUGUGGAGGCUAAACGAGAUGGUACAACUGUGCCGGCUAAACGUGGUGAUAAUGGUUUCAUAGAAAUUACGGUUAAUUUGACACUGGGUGAUAAGCUAGAUCAGCGUUAUUUAAUCACGUGGAUCGAUACCACCACCAAACAGUGCGACAUGAAAUAA